UCAACAAAUGCGCAAAAAAUAUUUAUAAUAUUCCGAAGUAGCAUUUUCAUGUGCUUAGAUUAGGCAUAGCUUUGAGACACGAAGAGAAAAGAUGUGGCUUUCUGACAGACGAAAUAAAGAUAAUGGUAUCGACGCACGAUGAGAUUGCUGGAAGAUCUGAAGGUGAAAGCGAUUGCGACGAAUCACCGUAUGAAUUAAUUCUUCAAAGAAGCUCGUUAGCACGUGGUUUAAAAUCCGUAUUUAGCAAUCUCAGUUCUUCUGGCAUUGUCAAUAUCAUAAUUAACAAGUGGAUUCAAGUUCGUUUCUGUCUACCACAAAAGGUUCAUCGAUCGCGUAAAAAAGGAUUGCUCAUCGACCCUGAGAUUAUAGACAGGUUUGUUUACUAACAUUUUUAUGCCAGAUACGAGGUGGAAUAUAUAUAAAU